AUGUCUUCCAAACUCUCCGCAAUGCCCACUUCCCUCCAACACCGCGCCAGAGGCGACGGCCCCCAGAAGCGAGUCGACGAACUCGUCCGCAAGUACCGCCGAGUCAACAAACCCAGCUCCGUCAUGCUUGAGGUCUUCAAUGAUCCAAGUAGCUACUCCAUCCUAGCCGAUUCUCUCCGUCGCCACCUCGCGCUUGUCAAGUGCCGCUCGCAGGAGUUUGAGGACUGCCAGGUUACAAUCUACGACAGGGCUUUGCUCAUCCUCUCGGACUGCGGCGAGAGCGCGACGGACCCUGGCAUGCUGGAGCUCUACUUGACCGAGUUUCUGGGGAUUGUUCCGAUUGCACCCAUCGCGGAUGGCAAGAAAACUGUCUUGAACCAUGUCAGGCUGCAGAGUGUUUUGGACAGAGUUCAACUGACCCACAAGAACGAAGACGAGGACGCCAUGGUCCCAGCCCCAGCCCCAGCCCUAAGCACCGAAUACCAGCGUGGGCAGGAAGAAUCGCCCCCCUUUGAUAUCCAAGAGGAGUACGGACGCCACUUCCCCGAUCCAUAUCUCUAUGAGGAGGAGGAGGAGGAGGAGGCGGAGGAGGAAGAAGAAGAGGCAAUGUUCACCAUGGAGGCGAAACAAACAAGCAGGCCUGAUGUCCGGGCUACGCGACUCCUCGACGUCUACCACCAAGCCAAGGAAGACUACCUCACUACAAAAGCGAGGGAUGGCGUGGAGAGCCUUCCCGCAAUCCGCUUCCUCCGCGAUUCAGCGGAGAAUACCCUCCGGUACUUUCAUGAUAACGGGCUGUCUCAUGAUAGUGUCGUCCCAGAUCUGGAGCGCACCUUUGCCGUCGCCAGAGACAGGACGGCUCAGAUCCUUGGUGGUCGUAAGCGGCACUUUGACGAAGAUGCAGGAGGCCGGGGCAAGAGAGGCAGGAGGUCUCAUGCUCUUGGACCGCGUAAGCGACACCUUGAAGGGUAUAGCAAGGGUAGGAAGCAUCGGGGUGUGGACAACAACAGGAGAGCUCGCCCCAUUAUCGACUCUUACCGUCCCCCCCAAGGCCGCCAUUGA